GUAAAUUCGUCCGCAAAAAUGUCGACAGCCUGACCCAGGAUGAAGUUGUCAGUCUACAACUGGCCUUAUAUUCUAUGCAAAAGGACGAAGGUCCGACUGGCUUCCAGGCUAUUUCAGCCUAUCACGGAGAACCGGCUGACUGCAAAGCUGCCGAUGGUAGCACAGUGGUAUGUUGCCUGCAUGGUAUGCCUACGUUUCCUUUGUGGCACAGGCUGUACCUUGUACACUUCGAACAGGCUAUGGCAACUCAUGGAUCAACUCAUGGCGUCCCCUAUUGGGACUGGACACAGCCGAUAUCCGAACUGCCGGCACUGGUGCAGCAUCCGUUGUUUAUUGACCCCAGCGGCAAGAAAGCAAAGAAAAAUGUCUUUUAUUCGGGUGCCAUUGGUUUUGAGAAGAAAGUCACUGCAAGAGCAGUUGAUGACCAUCUUUUCGACGCUUCACAUGCAAAGAAAAACAGCUUACUGAAGAACAUCUUGAUGGCUUUUGAACAGGAAGAAUAUUGUCGAUUUGAAGUUCAAUUCGAGAUAGCUCACAAUCCAGUGCACUUCUUAGUUGGCGGCAGAUAUCCUUAUUCUAUGUCUAGUCUGGAGUACACCUCAUACGACCCACUCUUCUUUUUGCAUCAUUCCAACGUUGAGCGUCUGUUUACUAUAUGGCAAGCUCUUCAGAAACAUCGAGGUCACGAUAGCAAAAUUAACUGCGGUUUGAACCUGUUGCAUACUCCCAUGGAACCGUUCGGACGAGAUUCUAACCCGAUCGAACUAACCAAGAAGAACGCUAAAGCAGCCGAUAUAUUUACUGCCGAUCAUUUGGAAUAUAAUUACGACGAUCUCACAUUGAAUGGAAUGAGCAUUUCCGAAUUAGACAGCUUAUUAAAAGAACGUCAAUCUCAUCCGAGAUCUUUCGCCAACUUCCGACUGGGCGGCAUCAAGACAUCUGCUAAUGUCCAUAUCUCGGUGUGUAUCCCGAGCAAAGAUUCAAGAAAGAGUGAUGACUGCCAUCACGACGCUGGAGAAUUCUUCAUCCUUGGUGGCAAAAGAGAAAUGCCAUGGGAUUUCGGUUAUCCUUAUCUUCAUGACAUCACCGAUACUGUCAAGUCGUUAGGAUUGGAAUUGGAUGGAAACUAUUAUCUGAAAGCCGAAGUAACUGCCAUCAACGGAAGUCAUCUGCCUAGUGAUGUUAUUCCGAAACCGAUUGUUACCUACAUACCGGAAGUUGGACAUCACGACCCUGAGAUGAUCAAAGUUGAUAAAGCUGAUGUAAAGGUACGUAAAGAUGUCAGUGUCCUCACUAAAGAAGAAGAAUAUGGAGUAAGAAUUGCCAUGGAACGUUUUAUGUUGGAUAAAUCCAUUAAUGGUUAUCAGGCUCUGGCAGAAUUCCACGGUCUUCCUGCCAAAUGCCCGCGUCCAGAUGCUCCAAAUCGUAUUGCUUGCUGUGAACAUGGAAUGGCUACAUUUCCUCACUGGCACCGGCUUGUAAUCAUGCAGUUUGAGGACGCCCUCGCUGACAGAGGAUCUACAGUUGGUGUACCAUAUUGGGAUUGGUCAAAACCCAUCACCCAUCUGCCCUCUUUGGUCGCUGAAGAAACAUAUCAAGAUCCUUUCACAUUGGAAACUAAACCGAAUCCUUUCUUCCGUGCCUCCAUCGACUUCCUCCAUUCCGGGGUCUACACUACACGCGAUAUUGAUCCAAGAUUGAUGAAACAACCAGCCAAAGGUGACCAUUGUCCACUAUACGACGGUUUGUUAUUGGCCUACGAACAAGAUGAAUACUGUGACUUCGAAGUUCAGUUCGAGGUUACACACAAUUUUGUUCACGCUUGGAUUGGUGGCAAAGAGGCCUACUCCAUGUCGUCACUGCAUUACACUUCGUUCGAUCCUCUCUUCUGGUUACAUCACGCUCAAGUGGACAGGUUAUGGGCCAUAUGGCAAGCACUGCAAAUACACAGAGGAAAACCGUAUAAAGCAUAUUGUGCCAAUUCCGAAGUGCAUCGACCUCUCAAACCAUUCGCUUUCGAAUCUCCCUUCAACAAUAACGAACACACCAGAGCACAUGCAAUACCGACAGAUGUGUACGACUACCAAGCCAACCUUGGCUAUACGUUUGAUAGCCUGUCGUUUGGCGGCAUGUCAAUUCGAGAACUGCAGAAACACAUCGAUGAAAAGAAAACCCAUGACCGGGUAUUCGCCGGUUUCCUCUUCGAGGGUAUUAAAACAUCGGCAAAUAUCGAUCUCUAUGUUGUGGCAGCUGGCAACGAAUAUCUAGCUGCACCAACUUCUGUUCUUGGUGGCAGCAAGGAAAUGCCAUGGAGAUUUGAUCGAUUAUUCAGACAAGAAAUUACAGAUUCACUCAAAGCUUUGGGUGUUGAUCCAUUUGGCGAUUUUACUCUCCGUGUCGAUAUCAAAGAUGUCAAUGGAACUGCUUUACCAUCGACCAUUAUUUCACAACCGAUUGUCAUAUUCGAACCCGGCAAAGUUAAAACAGACGUUAAAUUUGACGAAAACUUCCGUACAAGAAAAGCAGUGUCUACUCUAACAGCGAGCCAGAUGACAGCACUGAGAGAAGCCCUGGUAAAAUACGAAGCAGAUAAAACAGCGAGUGGCUAUCAACAAGUGGCUGCUUUCCACGGUUCUACAGAAUGGUGUCCCAGUCCUGACGCCGAACAUAAAUAUGCUUGUUGUCAUCAUGGAAUGGCCACGUUCCCACACUGGCACAGAUUACUUACGUUGAACUUCGAAAAUGGUUUACGACGAAACGGUUAUGACGGCGGAAUUCCUUACUGGGAUUGGCUGAAUCCGAUCAGUGCACUUCCGAACCUUGUAGCUGAAGAAGAAUAUACCGAUGUGAAUGGCGAAAAUCACAUCAACCCAUUCUUCAGUGGUUCGAUCGACCAUAUAGGAAAGACUACAUCUCGUGCUCCUUCGGCUGACCUUUUCAUCCAACCGAAAUUCGGUGAAUUUACUUCUUUGACCAACGAAGUAAUCUUCGCUCUUGAACAGGAAGACUUUUGUUCGUUCGAAGUACAGUUUGAAAUUGCACAUAACCAUAUCCAUGCUUUGGUUGGAGGUACUGAGCCCUAUUCAAUGUCCUCUCUCGAGUUCACUGCUUACGACCCAAUCUUCUUACUGCACCACUCAAACGUCGAUAGAAUCUGGGCCAUCUGGCAAGCUUUACAGAAACAUCGAGGAAAUACAUACAACUCUGCCAACUGUGCAAUCGAGCUUCUUCGUCAACCGAUGUCUCCUUUCAGUUUGUCAAGCGACAUCAACGUUGACUCGCAAACCCGCGAACAUUCCGUUCCUUUCGAUGCGUUCGACUACACGAAAGGCUUCCACUACGAAUACGACUCACUUGACGUCAGUGGGUUGUCCAUCCCGCAAUUGCAGACAGAGAUUAACAAACGUCGAGCUAAGGAUCGUAUUUUCGUUACUUUCUUACUGGAGGGCCACAAACAGUCCCUUCUCGUUGAGUAUUACAUCCGAUUGCAUGGAAGUGCUGACCGAAAUAAAGCUGGUGAAUUCUACGUAUUGGGUAGCCAGAACGAAAUGCCAUGGAAGUUCGACAGAGUGUACAAAGCCGACAUUACUAGACAAAUGGAACAACUGCACCUCCAUUACAACGAUCUCUAUCACAUUGAAUAUACACUGAAGGACAUGAGUGGUGCUGAAGUGACAAGUCUUGGUUUAGAACCUGCAGUCAUAUUUGAACCUGGAUUAGGUCAUUAUGGCGAAGACCGUGCAUGGAUCGAACCUGUGACGAGUGCUAAUCGAAUCAGGAAGAAUUUGGAAAAUUUGGAUGUCGGUGAAAUUGAAUCUCUGAGAAAUGCUUUCAAGCAGAUCAAGAUGGAUGGUACAUACGGAAGAAUAGCAGCUUUCCACGGACUUCCUGCUAAAUGUCCAAACGAAGACGGUAGCAAAGUGUACACGUGUUGUUUGCACGGCAUGCCCAACUUCCUUCACUGGCAUCGUUUAUAUACAGUGUCUGUUGAGAAUGAACUGUUGGCUAGAGGCUCUUCAGUUGCCGUUCCGUACUGGGAUUGGCUGAAGUCUUUCGAGGAAUUACCGAAACUUAUCAGCGAAGCUACGUUCUAUAAUUCACGCACUCUUCACAUUGAGUCGAAUCCUUUCUUCAAAGGAAAGAUAUCGUUUGAAAACACAGAAACUGACCGUGACCCUCAACCGGAUCUCUUCGGAAACAACUAUUUUUAUGAUCAUGCACUGUUCGCCUUUGAACAAACAGACUUUUGUGAAUUUUCCACUCACUUAGAAGUCCUUCAUAACAGUCUCCACUCUUGGCUUGGUGGUCGAGAUCCUCAUUCCAUGUCGUCACUUGAUUAUGCAGCCUACGACCCUGCUUUCUUCCUUCAUCAUAGCAACAUCGAUCGUCUGUGGGCCAUUUGGCAGGAACUGCAACGCUACCGUAAAUUACCCUAUAACAGUGCCAACUGUGCUCUUGGACUGCUCAACCAACCAAUGCGUCCUUUCAGCAACAAAACUGCAAACUCCAAUCUUUUGACCUUCACUCAUAGCAGAGCAAACGAUGUGUUCGACUAUCAGAAUGUGUUUCAUUACAAAUACGACUCACUCACUUUCAACGGUCUCACUGUUAUUCAACUAGAAAACCUCUUGCAACACAACAGGAACCAACAAGAUCGUGUUUUUGUAGGAUUCUUGUUGCACGGAGUCAAAGCUUCUGCCGAUGUUAGAAUUUACAUAUGUGCUCCGACUGGCCAGAAUCAAGAGAAUUGUGCCAACUACGCCGGAGUGUUUUCCAUCUUGGGAGGAGAAUCGGAAAUGCCAUGGAGAUUCACUAACCUCUUCCGUUACGAGAUCACUGAUUCACUCGUGAAGUUAGGGCUCAACCACAAUAGUCACUUCCAUAUUAAAACAGAAGUUAGAGCUGUUAAUGGAUCGAAGGUAGAACAGAAAAUAUUUCCAGAACCAACCAUUAUAUUUGUUCCGAAACAUGGUGCCCAUUCCGAGAGCGACGAGGAGAAAUUGGUACGAGGAAACCUUGUAAGAAAGAAUAUAAAUCGUUUAUCUCUCGAUGAAAUCGAUUCUCUUAUGCAUGCUUUAAAACGAAUGCAAAAGGACAAGUCUUCAGACGGUUUCGAAAGCAUAGCAACGUUCCACGCUAUUCCACCGAUGUGUCCGAACCCAACAGCUAAACAUCGCUACGCCUGUUGCCUCCACGGUAUGGCCACUUUCCCUCAAUGGCACCGUCUGUUUGUCGUUCAGUUCGAGCAAGCUUUGCAAAGACACGGCGCCAAAGUCGGUGUUCCCUACUGGGACUGGACUUAUCCAAUGUCAGAAAUACCCAGCUUCCUCGCUUUGGAGAAAUACGUCAACCCAUACACAGGCAUCGAAAUGUUCAACCCUUUUAACCACGGUCACAUAUCAUAUAUCAGCAAAGAGACUAUGACCCACCGUGAUAUCAGCGAACAUAUUUUUGAGAAACCCGAAUUGGGAAAACAAACUUGGUUGUUCAAUAACAUCGUUUUGGCUUUAGAACAAACGGAUUAUUGCGAUUUUGAAAUUCAAUUCGAGGUCGUUCAUAAUGCUAUCCAUUCUUGGCUGGGUGGUAAAGAAAUCUACUCGAUGAACCACCUGCAUUACGCUGCUUACGACCCAGCUUUUUACUCCCAUCACGCCAACGUUGACCGCCUGUGGGUUAUUUGGCAGGAACUUCAGAAGUUAAGAGGUCUUCCGGCUUACGAAUCCAACUGUGCUCUUGAAAUGAUGUCGAAACCACUGAAACCUUUCUCGUUCGGUCCUCCCUACAAUUUGAACCCUCACACCUAUAAAUACUCUACGCCCUCGUCCGUCUUCAAGUACAAAGAACAUUUCCACUAUGAAUACGAUAUGCUGGAAAUGAAUGGCAUGUCGAUUGCGCAACUGGAAGCUUACAUCAGGACUCAGAAGCAAAGAGAGCGAAUGUUCGCAGGGUUCUUAUUGAAAGGAAUCGGUCAGUCGGCCUCUGCUACUUUCCAGGUUUGUGAUGAAAAGAACUCGUGUCACGACGGCAGCCAUUUCGCCAUUUUGGGUGGAAGCGCUGAGAUGUCAUGGGCUUUUGAUCGUCUUUAUCUGAUGGAAAUUACCGAUAUUCUUCAUGAUAUGGGAUUGAAAUUCGAUUCUCAUUUCCACAUCCAUCACCAUAUCAAGACAGCUAAUGGAACUGAUUUACCAUCAGACUUAAUCCCACAAGCAACCAUUAUUCGUAUUCCUGCAUUGAGACAUGAGAAGCAAAGAUUUAUUCCACACAACAGAAUUCGCCAAAACAUCAACUCCUUAGAAGAACGAGAUGUACAAAAUAUCAUGUCUGCUUUAACACGUAUGAAGGAAGAUGAGAGCAGUUUCGGAUUCCAGACUGUCGCAAAUUAUCACGGUUCUACAAUGUGUCCAGAUCCAGAAAACGCGAAAUACGCCUGUUGCCAACAUGGUAUGGCAACUUUCCCUCAUUGGCAUCGUAUCUAUGUACUGCAAUUCGAAGAGGCUCUACGAAGACAUGGUUCCAAUGUUGCAAUUCCUUACUGGGAUUGGACAACGCCUUCUGACAAAUUACCAAGUGUUUUGUCCAGGUCUGAUUACUAUGACGCUUGGAAUGAUGUUGUGGUUGAGAACCCUUUCCUCAGAGGUUACAUCAAAUCAGAAGAAACAUACACUGUACGUGAUGUUCAACAGGAUUUAUUUGAACUGGCAAAGGGAGGUGAAACGUCUUUGCUGUACGAUCAAGUUCUACUAAUGCUGGAACAGGAAGAUUUCUGUGAUUUUGAAGUCCAGUUCGAAGUUGUCCACAAUUCAAUUCAUUAUCUCUUGGGUGGUCAUCAGAAAUAUGCCAUGUCCAAUUUGGUAUACAGUUCUUUCGACCCUAUAUUUUACAUCCAUCAUUCUAUGGUAAGUGAAGCUUCAUUGAUAUUUUUUCUUUGUUUACGCUCUGAGUUGAGUUCAAACGCCAGCGUGGUCGACUUUGUCUCUCAACAGUUUGGGGUCCGCAAAAUAGUACCAGUCAAAAAUUGUAUUUGA